UUCUAUUAGAUGUCUAUAUUUAUCCUCAACGAUUCGUAUUUACACGAAAUAGUUUACCAGGCCUAUGUUUCGUCGUGAUUUUUCCAUCACCCACUUUCGGUGGUUGUAUUUUUCCAUCUGGCCAUGUAAGAUUGAACGGGCUCUGCUUUCUUAGGUCGGGAAAACACGGCACUGUGGUACAAGCGCCGAAAAAGGGUGAAUUAAUUUGAGAGCGAGAGAGAAAGAGAGGGCGGGUUGGAGAGAGAGAGAAAGGACGAGAGAGGGACAGGGGAGAGAAGACGCGGACUAUAGGCUACGCCUCUGCAGUUUAAGGAAUAUAUUAAAACGAAAGUUUUUUACUGGGUGCAACAGCACCAGUGAGUGAGAGCCCCAGGCCCCAGUCCUCAGUGUGGAGUGAUGGAGCUGCCCCGUGUUGGGAACUGCAGAGCCAGGCGAUGGACACCCCUGCUGCUGAUGUGACGGAGACACGCAAGAUGUAACUCGUGGAUUCUUCUCAAAGGCCCCACUCAAAUCCCUAGACGACAGAAAAAAAGGAGUAACAUCUGUUUAUGCACAUAUUUCUGUUAAACCCCCCUGGAAAAAACAGAGAUAGACGGAAGAUAAAACACCUUUAAAAAUGAAACAUUAAAAGGAACAAAUUGCCACUGGAGAAACUAAGCAAAGUCAACCUGGUUGAGGAAUCCAUCAUCUUGGGAUCAACAUCUUCGGAGAAAGGGCAGGGUCAUGUCCCAGUUGCCAUGCGCAUCACCACGGUGACCUGCCUUCCCUGCCCCUCUCCCCUCCUCCUCCUAUUGGUCCAGCUGCUACUGCGGCUCCUCCUCUAUGGGCCAGAAUUUGUAGAGGCCGCCUCCCCCUGCCCCACACACUGCAGCUGCUCCAAUCAGGCCAGUCGAGUCAUCUGUACAAGACAGAGUCUGGAUGGGGUGCCUGAGAGCAUAUCAGUCAACACACGAUACCUCAACCUGCAGGAGAAUUCAAUAGAGGUUAUCAAGUCAGACACCUUCAAGCACUUGAGGCACCUUGAGAUCCUGCAGCUGUCUAAGAACAAAAUCAGUCAGAUUGAGGUGGGAGCAUUCAAUGGCCUGCCCAACCUCAAUACGCUGGAGCUGUUCGACAACCGCCUCACCCUGGUCCCCUCACAGGCCUUCGAGUACCUCAGCAAGCUGCGGGAGCUGUGGUUACGGAACAACCCCAUCGAGACGCUUCCGGGCUACGCCUUCCACCGCGUGCCCUCGCUGCGCCGGCUGGACCUGGGAGAGCUCAAGAAGCUGGACUACAUCUCAGACGCCGCCUUCGUGGGCCUGGUCAACCUGCGCUACCUGAACCUGGGCAUGUGUGGUCUGAAGGACAUCCCCAACCUGACGGCCCUGGUGCGUCUGGAGGAGCUGGAGCUGUCUGGGAACCGUCUGGAGAUCAUCCGGCCUGGCUCCUUCCAGGGCCUGGUGUCGCUCCGUAAGCUGUGGCUCAUGCACUCGCAAGUGAAGGUCAUUGAGCGCAAUGCCUUCGACGACCUGAAGAACCUGGAGGAGCUCAACCUUUCACACAACUCCCUGCACUCGCUGCCCCAUGACCUCUUCACCCCACUGCACCAGCUGGAGCGGGUGCACCUCAACCACAACCCCUGGGUGUGCAACUGUGACGUGCUGUGGCUCAGCUGGUGGCUGAAGGAGACGGUGCCCAGUAACACUACGUGCUGCGCCCGCUGCCACGCUCCCCCUGGCCUGAAGGGCAGGUACAUCGGGGAGCUGGACCAGAGCCACUUCACCUGCUACGCUCCCGUCAUCGUGGAGCCGCCUACCGACCUCAACGUUACCGAGGGCAUGGCUGCAGAGCUGAAGUGUCGCACGGGCACCACCAUGACCUCGGUCAACUGGCUCACGCCCAACGGCACCCUGAUGACCCACGGCUCCUACCGGGUCCGGAUCUCCGUGCUGCAUGACGGUACGCUCAACUUUACCAAUGUCACACUGAGGGACACGGGUCAGUACACCUGCAUGGUGACCAACUCGGCUGGCAACACCACGGCAACCGCCGUGCUUAAUGUCACUGCCGCCGACGUUGGCGUCAGCUACUUCACUACUGUCACCGUGGAGACGGUGGAGCCCAACGAGGGCCCGACAGUGUACGCGGGCGUCAUGAACAGCCACAACGAGUCAUACGUCAUUACCCCGUCUGGCCACCAGUGGAGGGGGGGGAUCCCUACUACCGCCUCCUCCCUGUCAGCCUGGUCCUUGUCCUCGUCCCGGGCAACCCGGCCCACCUUUACUGUGCCCAUCACUGCCGAGACGGGCUAUUCUGGCCUUGAUGACGUGAUGAAGACCACCAAGAUCAUCAUUGGCUGCUUCGUGGCCAUUACCUUCAUGGCAGCCGUGAUGCUGGUGGUCUUCUACAAGCUGAGGAAGCAGCACCAGCUGCACAAGCACCACGGCCCUGCCCGCGCCAUCGAGAUCAUCAACGUAGAGGACGAGAUUGGCGCAGGUGCUGGUGGACGCGGGAGCGGCAUCUCAGGGGGCGGCACCGUCUCUCGGGAUGGAGGCGGAGGGGGAGGAGUAGGAGGAGGGCAGAGCCUGAGGAUGCAUCACCCGGAGAUGGUCAACCUACCCAACCUGGCCAGACAGGAGCACCUCAACCACUACUACAAGGCCCAUCACUUCAACAACAACAUGAUGGGCCUGGGCAUGGGCCUCAACAACAACAACAACCCCUCCCUCUCCCCCUGUUCCCAGAACCAGAGCACCCCCAACUCCUGCGCACAGGGGCCCACCUCCACCAGUGGUAGCACCCCCAUGGGUGGCUCGCUGCCCUCCCCUGUGCCCCUGCCCCAGCUGGGCAUCCACAGCUCUCUGAAGGGGCUCAUGGGGAAAGGCCAGAACCCUCAGAUCGAGCCUCUGCUCUUCAAGAGUGGCUCCAAGGAGAAUGUGCAAGAGACUCAGAUCUGAGAGAAAGAGAGAGAGAGAGAUGGAAAAAGAGAGAGAGAUGAAGAGACAGAAAACAGGGAGAUGGAGGGAGAGAGAGGAGUCUGAUUGUACUAUCCCCAUGGCCAUAUUUCGAUAGAAAGUGUAGGCAGGCAGAAUAUGAAAUAUUACAUAGACACUGCUUUGUAUGGUUAGUGCAUAGAGAGAGAGAGCGCGAGAGAGGAGAGAUUGUUCUCACACCUCUACUGUGUCUGCUCAACACCCGUCCAAGCAUUAACAUCUUCUGAGACACUCCAAGACACACACAGACACACACAGCCCGACACAAGGACAGGAACAUUCUAUCAGCUAACACAUACACAGUGCAUUAUGAGAUUGAUGUGCCAAACUUGCGCAUGUCUGUGCCAAAGUAAAAGCCCUCGCAAUCUAUAUAUCCAUCCGCAGCAUUCCCAGACUGAAUCAGGUGACCAGGUUCAAUACCCAGACACAAUAAGAAUCACCACGGUUAUAACUAAAUACAGAUGACCUCGUAUAUUAUCAGAUACUAUCCAAGUCACCAUGUGUAUAUAUAGAGAUAAGAUCUGCAUCACGAUGUUGAAGUAGGCGGAUAAGUGUUUGGGACUGUGUCAGAGCAGUACAGGGCUUCCCAGACGCACUCUGUGGAACAGGACAGAAAGUAAACCAUUGAGCAGAACACAGUUUAGUGUCGGACAACAAGCAAUGUGUAGUAAGAGGAAACAACAUCAACAACGGUUGUGUUUUACUUAGUGGGCUCAAUCUCACUUUCUCCCCUCUUUCACACCUGACUGGCUACUCUCUUUAAAGGAGAGGAAGGUAUAUGGAGUGAAUCGUCGUAAAAAAAUAAUGUAAUAGCAAAAAGGACUACGAAAGAUACAAAUAAACUGUGAAAGUACAUAUUAUAUAUAAAUAUAUUUUCAUUCGAAUAAAUAAAUUAUGAAGAAUCUUUACCAAGUUUCUGACUAAAUAGCCACAGCUUCUGAAGAAUAUAUGAACUGCUGUCAUAGCGGUCAUCACUAUGAAAACUUUGUUUGGCUAGAAACAAGAUGGCCGACAUUCUGUGCUGGAAAGGGGCAUAUUGUAGUGGAGGCUGUGGAUGAGCAAGAGCUAAAAUUGGAAACGGGCACAGUGAUUGAAUUUAUUUUGGCUUCAAUUUUUGUAGCAUCACCAAGCGUUCCCUCUCAUGCCACAUAAACAGGGUCGUUGGAGAAGGGGGACCUUUAUUCUCCAUUUAAUGACAACAUAUGAAAUAUAAUUACAAAACUUCACCCUUUGAUACAAACAAUAUGGAUAUUGUAAUGAUGAUAAUGAUGAUAAUUAAAGUAAUUCAGUAAAUGCUUAUCAACCGUAUACUAUAGAUAACUCUUAAAAGCAGAUAUAGGUUUAGCAUGCUCUGAUUCAAGUGGUAAUAUCUAAAAUUGCAAUGUGAUCGGUUUCAACUUCAUGCAUUCAGUAUAUCUGUAUGCAAUAUAUCAUGAUAUUGAGAAAUGAUUAUUAAAAUUAUCAUCAUUAUUACUAUUAUUAUUGUUAUUAUCAUACACUGAGUGUACAAAACAUUAGGAACACCUUCCUAAUAUUGAGUUUAACCCCAUUUUGCCCUCAGAACAGCCUCAAUUGGUCGGGGAAUGGACUACAAGGUGUUAAAAGCGUUCCAAAGGGAUGCUGGGCCAUGUUGACUACAUUGCAUCCCACAGUUGUCAGGUUGGGUGGAUGUCCUUUGGGUGGUGGACUAUUCUUGAUACACACGGGAAACUGUUGAGCUUGAAAAACCCGGCAGUGUUGCAGCUAUAGACACACUCAAACCGGUGCGCCUGGCACCUGCUACCAUACCCUGUUCAAAUUCACCCUCUGAAUGGCACACAUACACAAUCCAUGUGUCAAUUGUCUUGAGGCUUAAAAAUCUGUCUUUAAACUGACUCCUCCCCUUCAUCUACACUGAUUGAAGUGGAUUUAACAGGUGAUAUCAAUAAGGGAUCAUAGUCUAUACCUGGUCAUGGAAAAAGCAGGUGUUCCUAAUGUUUUGUACAGUCAGUGUAUAGGUGGCAGAGCAGCCUAGUACAUCCUUAUGAAAGUUAUGUUCAUAAUUGAUUCAGUGGGGAAUGAUUUGAUUACACAUGGAACGAUGAUGAUCCCUUCAACCACCAUAUUGACUCCAACAACAGGGGAUGGUCUGUGUUCCACCAAACACCAACCUGCAGAAACAGGAAAUACAUGGUACUCAAAAUGGCUGCUCCCACAUGGCAUCCUCACAGCCCAUGCCUCCUCAGAAACUCCUCUGUUUUGUACAACAACACCAGUCUCAGCCGAUCAGGACCCCUCGUUUUAUUCUGUUGUGUAAAAGACAGGACAUGAACCUUUGACGAAGACUGCUCGUUUGCAGAGGAUUAUAUCAGAACUCAGUGUUCUCCUGUGUGAAUGGAAUUCAUGGCAGCAGGGAACUAAAGGAGGACAGCAUUUUGAAUCGUUUGAAAGGUAAGAGAAACCUAUUCAAUGAAAGAGACAGAAAGCCUAGAUGAAUCAUAUGGUGAUGGGUGAUUUUGUUUUUUAAGGAAAAGGACAAAUAAAUGAAAAAUAUAGAAACGUAUAGAUCUCUUUAAAAAAUGCUAUUAUAAGUGUUUUUUCAUUUUGUUUUUUUAUCUAGUUUGAUUAUUUCCUUUUUAUCUUUUUUUAAAUCAAGUGUUAUCUCAAUUGUAAUAUUGUUAUUGUUGUUAUAAUUCGCUAAUUACACUGGUUAUAAUUCUGAAAGAUGUUCUGUCAGCAGAAGUCACAUUGAAAAAUUAAAAUACCUGGCACACAAAAUGGCGGUUGAACUCUGUGAAA